AUGGCGAAGAGCUCGAGGUCAAGUCGGCUGAAGAAGAACAAUGCCGUGCUGAAGAAGAAGGUCUUCGGGCCCGUCGAGACCGCGAGAAUUGAGCGCCAAAAUGCGAAGCUGCUCGAGCUUGCCAAACAGCCAAAAGAGCGCAUGGAAGUCGAAGAGACCACAGACGAUUCAGCGAAGACGAAGGCUGCCGAUGAUGUCGACAUGGACGAGGCGGGCAAGCCCAAGAAGAGCCAGCGCGAAGUCAAGCGUCUGCAGGAUGCCAGAAAGCAACGACGAGAGAGGAGCAGCCAUCGCAAGCCACAGAAUCAGGUGUCGUUUCCUUCGCAUCCGAUGAAGAAGCGGAGUGGUAGCAAGCGAUGA